UCUGGGUUGGCUGAAUAUUGAUUUAUUUUCAAUUUUGAUAACCAUUACAAAAUAGAGCUGAGUUAAAUAAAAUAAUUAUAUUUCAUAUAAUUCAGCUGUACCCACUCUUUCGCUUUGUAAGGAUGCUGGAUGACUUAAAAGAUGUCUGUAAAUGAUAACAGCGGAAAUUAUGCACCACUAAAACAAAUAAUAACGGACUCCGAUUCAGACGAAGACCAUAACAAUGCAGUCAUCAAAGCUUCCGAAAGUUGCAACAAUUUGGAAUACAACAGCGGCCUCCAAUCUUCCAAGAAUUACAGCCUAAGCGAUAUGGAUGAAUAUAACACAAAUGGUACUAUGGAUAGUGUGAGUUUUUUACAUUCUGACGAUGUGGAUGCAUCUAAGAAGAUGUCAUUUUCACGACGCUGUUCAUUCAUAGCUUCAAUUUUCCUAUGCAUCUUCACUGUAGUGGUUUUCCUUUGGGGCAUACCUUGUUCAGAAGGUACCAGUUGCGCUAACACUUACUCGCAAGACAAGACAACUAGCUGGGAGCUGCCAUAUGAAGAAAUUGAGCUUUCAGGCGCCAUACAAGUCGUAGAUGGUGCAAUUCCAAACACAAAGAACCUGAUAUUUAUCUAUAGGGGAAAUCACAUGAUGAAUACAAAAAACAGUAACGACAAUGUGAAUGGUGUUCUACUUAUAGUCGGAAAUUCUGGAAAAGUGGGUUGGUACACACGUGAGACUAGGAUUCCUACUGAUAUCAACUGUCACCUUCUAGAUGUCAACCGGGAUAUGCAAGAUGACUGCAUUGUGACUGGCACUGAAGGUUUGUUUGCUGCUCUCAACCCGCUAUCUGGUACAUACUACUGGUAUAUUCAUAAGCAAGGUAAAGUCUUCAGUAAUAUAGCGUCUAUAGAUUUCCCAAUUGUUGUAAAAGAUAUGGAUCAAGAUAAAGUGAAAGAUUUAUUGACAGUUGUAACUGUAUACCCCAAUACGAAACAUAAUUCACUUCUAUUAAUAUCUGGAGCAACUGGCAACAUUAUUGGGGAUCCAAUGGGUGUUGAUAACUGUUUUUCAGUAAAACUACUCAGUGAAACAGAUGCCAUUACAUAUUUGUGUAAAAAUGGAACAACACAAGCAGUUCGUCAAAUAACUUAUGAAGAGCUGUAUAAGAAACUUCUUAGUUUGGAUCAUACUUUGAAUGACACAUCAGCAACAAUUUCAAUUAUAUCAAAGAAGAUAAAAUUAAGUUUGAAAAAGAAUAUUGGAAACACAAAACAAAUAUUUACAAAUGGUCCUGGAAGAUUGAGAGUUGAAAACUAUGGAGAAUGCCCUUCCACAUGUAGGGUAUCUUUAAAGCUAUUAUUAGACAGAAAUGGAAAGACAAACGUAACAUGGGAGUACAGUGCCAAUCAUGUCUUUGCAAUGAGACCCAGCUCUUUUGCUUUCGCAAAUUCAAUAAGAGGCUUUGUUUUGAAGUUAUGACAGUGGAAUAGUGCACACAUUGCAAAAGGUGCACUAAAAAUUGAUGAAGUCAGAUAUAAUGUAGAGAACUCAAGCCCUAAGAAUCCAUAUGAAGUGUUUUAUCAACCUACUAUCAAUGUUACUUCAAUAUCUUCAUUUAUUAAAUAU